AUGUCACUCUCCUCCAUUCUGUCUGAUGCGGCCAUUGAGAAUGCCAUCAAGGACUGCCAAGCUCCAGAUUCCUUCAGUCAUAAAAAAUUUUUCCAGCUCUGUGGCCUGUCCUCAAAAAGUCCCCAGGAGAUCAAAGAGGUGUUUAAUAUCAUAGAUGGUGACAACAGCGGCUACAUCGAAGAGUCAGAGCUAAAGUUUUUUCUCCAGCGGUUUGUACCAAGUGCUCGUGUUUUGACAGACAAGGAAACCAAGUCCCUCCUCUCUGCUGCAGACAACGACAGUGAUGGCAAAAUUGGGGCAGAGGAAUUUCAGACCAUGGUUCUGUCCUGA